UCCUGAAGCUUGACUGGACGAACCAGCGCAGACCUCCAGGCAGACGCGGCGGCGACAAUCAAGGAAUCUGACUGCGCGGCACGGCACAGCUACGGACGUCUGGGAAGUCAGUGUCCCGCUGUUCGCCUGAACGUAGCUCACCCCGCGCUCUCUCUCGGACAUAACCGAUACACAUACGCGCGCAGCGGAGAGGCGGAAAAUUAUGGCGACGUUGGGACCGGAGUCGGCUCGUCCCCCUCACGGUUCUUCUCCGUCAAUCCAGGCUCACAUCGGCAGCGCCAACCUGCCUCCGAACCGGGGCUUGGAGCGGGCGCUGGAGGAGGCGGCGGCCAGCGGUGUUCUCAACCUCAGCUCCCGAAAACUGAAGGAGUUCCCCCGGACAGCAGCCAACCACGACCUGACGGACACGGUGGAAGCAGACCUGUCAAAAAACCGACUAACCGACGUCCCCUCGGAGGUAUGCCAUCUGGUUGCCUUGGAAACACUAAACUUGUACCACAACUGCAUCAGGACCAUCCCAGACAGCAUCAUCAGCCUGCAGUCGCUCACCUCCUUAAACCUCAGUCGUAACCAGCUGGGCUCCCUGCCGGCCUGCCUGUGUGGUUUACCUCUGAGAGUCCUCAACGCCAGCAACAACAAGCUGGUCAGCCUGCCCGAGACCAUCGGACAACUGCAGAGCCUCAUGGAGCUGGACAUCAGCUGCAACGAGAUCACGGCUCUUCCCCGUCACAUCGGCAGACUCAAAGCUUUGCGUGAACUAAACGUACGCCGAAACCUCCUCUGCGUCCUGCCAGAAGACCUGGCUGACCUUCCUCUGGUGAAGUUUGAUUUCUCCUGUAACAAAGUGUCGACCAUCCCGGUGUGUUACAGGAAGAUGAAACAGCUCCAGUCUCUCCAGUUAGAAAACAAUCCACUGCAGAGUCCACCUGCACAGAUCUGUAUAAAGGGUAAAGUUCACAUUUUCAAGUAUCUGAGCAUUGAGGCGUGUCGCAGCGAGAAGAUGCCUGACUCGCUCUACCUGCCUGUCAUGGGGCGACUCAGCUUAUCACGGCCCACCACUGGCAGUGUGGAGGACAUGGAGCAGCAGAAGAAGCAGGACAGUGACUCAGGAGUCGGCAGCGACAACGGAGACAAGAGCCUGUCUGCUACUGAGCCGUCAGAUGAAGACAGUCUGAGCCUUAAUGUGCCGAUGAGCCACAUCACAGAGGAGGGGAUCAGCAAAGACGACUCCAGCGAACACAUCAGCUCUCUGACAGCAGACCCAAACUCCGACUCGGUGCACCUGAUUGAGGAGAGUCCUACGGAAGCCCUGAAGGACCAGAGCAGAGACUCGGCUCUCAGCACCCGCUUCAUCAACUACAUCAAGGGUAGGACAGCGGCAGACUUCGACGAGCCCCUCAGGAUAGAAGAAGACUCACACUGGUCAACCGAGCAAACGUCAAGAGUCACAGGGGGCACAGAGCUCCACAUUGACAUGAUCAAUCAGCUCAAAGAGGCUGUGGAGCUGCUGCAGGACCCCAGCAGAGUGAACACAGAGCAGGAAGAUUUGUCUGGAGUCCAGCUCUAUCCAGUGGAGAUGGUCACAGUGGAUGAGUCACUCAAUGGGCAGGACAGUGAUGACGGCGCCACAACACCAAAGCGACAUGACAGAUCUCCAGUGAGCGGACCUCCAUCCUUCUCCAGCCCGCCGUUCGGACUGAAGCCUCGCUCGGCCCCGCCCUCGCUGCCCUGCUCUCCCCCUCCUUCCUGUCUCGACCCCUCCCUCCUCCCACAGGCCUCGCCCCUCCAUAGAGAUACACCUCGUAGCCAUGACGACGGAGGCAAUCACAGCCGGGUGUUCCUGCGGAGCCACAAGAGUCUGGAGUCUGUGGAUCCUCAGUUCACCAUGCGAAGAAAGAUGGAGCAGCUGCGGGAGGAGCUGGAGCUCAUGGAGCAGCUGAGAGACAGCAUCGAGAGCAGGCUGAAGGUCGUCCUUCCUGAAGACCUCGGUUCGUCUCUGAUGGACGGCGUCGUGCUCUGCCAUCUGGCCAAUCACAUUCGCCCACGCUCUGUCGCCAGCAUCCACGUCCCCUCACCUGCAGUGCCUAAACUCAGCAUGGCCAAGUGUCGGAGGAAUGUGGAGAACUUUCUGGAUGCCUGCAGAAAAAUAGGCGUGCCACAGGACAAACUGUGUCUUCCUCACCACAUCCUGGAGGAGAAAGGCCUGGUGAAAGUGUGCAUCACGGUGCAGGCUCUGGUGGAUGAGGCCUCCUCCAAACACUCCGUCUUGACGUGAGCAGUGGAAACGGGCGGAGCUUCAACCAACUGACACGUACCACAAACACACACCUGGAUCAAAACGCUGAUGUGGUUUCACAUGAUGCUACAAAAAGCCUCUGAUUAUUCUGCAUAAGUAACAGAGUGGUUUUUUUGUUGUUGUUGUUGUUGUUGUUUUUGUUUUUUAAAAUAGUAUUCAAGGAUGAAAAAUGGCGUUACGGGAACUAAACCCAUCAGAAGUGUGUUUGUCUAAUAAUUCAUCAGAGGGAAUUUCUGGGACGAUUAAGAUUUUCCCAUCAUGCCGAGCAAAAGGCGCUGCUAGAAAACCAGAACCUGAUGGUUUAAGCACAUUUAAAUCUGCUUCAAGUAAACUGUUUGAUUCCUGCUCCUUCAGGUAAACAUCACUGAAGGACAAAAACCCAACCACACAUUUUUUUUAAGGAGUUCUUACACUGGUGGGUACCAAACAUUUGAAACAUGAAGGCCACUGUGAGAGAAAGAGAAGCUGGAUUUUGGGAAUAGAAGCGUAAUAUUUUAGGGAAAAAUAUCACAAAUAAUGUGAGAGAGGAUGAAAUUUUAUAAGAAAGAAAAAAAGUAAUGAUACAGUAAUAUUGCAAUUUGGAGGGAGGGGUUAUUCAUUCAUUAAUUCCCUGAUUUACUUAAUUUGUCCAUUAAUUUCCUAAAAUAUUAAAGAUAUUAUAAUAUCUUUAUUCUCAAAGUCAGUUUUGGUUCUCUGACUGUGGCUCCAGCUGUUUUAAAUCCUCUAAAUUAGGAGCUGUUAUUCAGUCUGUAGCACCAACUUCACCAGGUUUUAUCAUGCUGUCUAUGCACGCGUCAGAAAAUUCUUAAAUGAUUUGUAUUAAAUUAUCAGUUAUGUUUCUACAGAUAAUUUCUUUUUUGUACUGAGGUUUCUGGUGAAGUGUUUUUGGACUGUGUGAGUAAUGAGUGCGCUGCUCUCAGUACCCUGAAAAGAAUAAAACCAAAAUAGUUUAGUCUUAACUUAGAGGGAGUCGGCUUCUACCUGCAGUUUAUAUUUAAACACAAAACUAUUUAUAAUCUAAAGAGAUGCAGAGAAAAGCCGCUUGAGUUGUUGUAUACAGUCAAAAAAGAAAAAGGCCAAAAUAUUUUUCUCUAAUAUAUUUUAGGUAUAAUUGUAUGUGUUUUUAUAAAGUUUUAACAUGACUGUGUGGAGUCAUGUGAGGCAGGUCUGAGUGUGUGUUCGUCUGGGGACACUAAUCUGUGUUGUUCAAGCUUCUGAUGGAUUGAAGUCCAGGUAAUUAUUGUUCGGUCUUUUCUCGCCCACCAUCCUUUUUUUUGUGUGGGGGGGUCCUUAAUGUGGAAUUUGUCAUGAGAUGCAGUUUGCUAAUGUGCCAAAACGUGUGGUGGUAGUGAAACAAACAAAAA